ACACACACGAACACGAUUGACACAAGCUGAUUGAUUUCGAUCAUGAAGCAGCAGCAGGUUAGGAUGGCAGUGCUCCUGAUGCUCAACUGCUUCGUCAAGGACACGCCUGCGACCGCCUCGCUGCAGGCGCCAUGGCCGCCGUCGUCGUCGUCCAUCGCCGCUUUCCUCGACGAGCUCGGGGACCUCGGCAUCGCGCCGCUCAUCCGCGCCGACCCGGAGGCCACCGUGCGAGCCUCCGGCGACUUCGGGAACCUCUCGGCCGUCGCCGGCGGCGUGAGUCCUGCCGCCGCCGUGCUCUACCCGUCGCGCCCCGCCGACGUCGCGGCGCUGCUGCGCGCGUCGUGCGCGCGCCCAGUGCCGUUCCCGGUGUCCGCCCGGGGGUGCGGGCACUCGGUCCGGGGCCAGGCCUCGGCGCCCGACGGGGUCGUCGUGGAGAUGGCGUCCCUCGGCCGCCGCGGCGCCGGCGCGCGGCUCGCCGUGUCGGUCGACGGCAGGUACAUCGACGCCGGCGGCGAGCAGCUGUGGGCGGACGUGCUGCGCGCGUCCCUGGCGCACGGCCUCACGCCGGUGUCGUGGACUGACUACCUCCAUCUCACCGUCGGCGGGACGCUCUCCAACGCCGGCAUCAGCGGCCAGGCCUUCCGCCAUGGCCCCCAGAUUUCCAACGUGCUUGAGCUCGACGUCAUCACAGGUGUCGGAGAGAUGGUGACAUGCUCAAAGGAGAAGGUGCCGGACCUGUUCGACGCCGUCCUGGGCGGGCUAGGGCAGUUCGGCAUCAUAACGCGGGCGCGCAUCCCGCUCGCGCCAGCGCCGGCGAGGGCGCGUUGGGUGCGUUUCGUGUACACGACCGCCGCGGCGCUGACGGCCGACCAGGAGCGUCUCAUCGACGUCGACCGCCGGCGUGGUGGGGAGGUCGGCGGCGGCGGCGCGGUGGGCGGGCUGAUGGACUACGUCGAGGGCUCGGUGUACCUGAACCAGGGCCUGGUGGAGAACUGGCGCACGCAGCCAUCAUCUUCCUCCUCCUCCUUCUUCUCCAACGCCGACGAGGCCCGAGUCGCCGCGCUCGCCGAGGAGGCCGGCGGCGUCCUCUACUUCCUCGAGGGCGCCAUCUACUACGGCGCCGCCGGCGGGCCGUCCGCCGCCGACGUCGACAAGAGGAUGGAUGUGCUGCGUGGCGAGCUGCGGUACGAGCGCGGGUUCGCGUUCGCGCAGGACGUGACGUACGCCGGGUUCCUGGACCGCGUCCGCGACGGCGAGCUCAAGCUCCGCCGCGCCGGCCUCUGGGACGUGCCCCACCCGUGGCUCAACCUCUUCCUCCCCCGCUCCGCCGUCCUCCGCUUCGCCGACGCCGUCUUCCACGGCGUCCUCCGCCGCUCCGCCGCCAUGGGCCCCGUCCUCAUCUACCCCAUGAACCGCAACAAGUGGGACAGCGAGAUGUCGGCGGUGAUCACGGACGACGACGACGGCGACGAGGUGUUCUACACGGUGGGGAUCCUCCGGUCGGCGGCGGCGGCCGGCGACGUGGGGCGACUGGAGGAGCAGAACGCGCAGAUCCUGGGGUUCUGCGAGGAGGCCGGGAUAGCGUGCAAGCAGUACCUGCCGUACUACAGCGGGCAGGCGGAGUGGGUGGAGCGGCACUUCGGUGCCAAGCUCUGGCCCAGGUUCGUGCAGCGCAAGAGCAAGUAUGAUCCCCAUGCCAUCCUGUCCCGUGGCCAGAGAAUCUUCACGUCUCCACCCGCAUGAAACGAAUAUGUUUAUACGUAGAUCCACUCACUCGUAUGUAUAUAUGUGAAUGUGUAAGGCAUGCCAGCUAAUAAAUGAUAGGUAUGUCUGCUGCAUGCAUGAUUAGAAGUAAGAACGUUGUUAGUUAUAUGUCGUACUAAGCUGUACGGUACUUAGACAUAUGAAUGCAUGCAUGCAUGCCAGGUCGAUCUCCAAUUAAUGUACAGAAUGCAUGUAUGUUAAACUAAAUAAUCGCAUGCAUGUAUGUAAAUAUAUAUAUAA